GGUGGCUAGAGACGGGAACUUGAACCGGACGGAUGUUUUACUCCGUCCCUCUCUCCGUCGACGUAGCAACGAAUUCCAUCUCGAAGGCGGUGGUUCUCUUGGUUAAUGCAAUUUACGAGUCGAUAAUAAUUUUUAACUAAUUACCAAGUCCGCGAGGAAAGGCUGAUCGGCUCGGCUGACUAAUUUUUCACUGCUCCAUCAGCCGCGAUAACAUCGGCGGAUAAUGCGCUUACACGUCGACCCAAUGCACCAUACUUUUUCAAUUACUCGUUUAUACUUUAUCACCGGUUUUUCGAAAAUGCCGGGUAAUAAUCGCCGCUAUAUUGCACGCCAACGACGGUGCGACAGCGGUGUCGAUAAUUAGUAAACGAAUUACGUAGUUAACUUACAAUUUCGUUGUGCAUGCACGACACCCCGGCACUGCGAGCGCCGCGACGUGACGUGCAAGCAAAGUAGCUGUAAAUUACCGAAACACAACUUCGCGGUCUAUGGACACUGCCACGUUUAUUAAGCUAAUGCGAGUUUUCGGCCGAAAAAACUUAAUCCAACGCAGGCGUCGCGAUGGUCCUUCCGCUUAACGAAGUAACUGGCAUAAUUCGCGCGUUUCGCUUAAUUACGUACGCCCGUAGCUCUCUUCUCCGCAUUAGCGAUGCAAUUUCGCGCAGGUAACCGACAGCUCGCGGAUCACCGCGAGUCAGGAUAUUAUAAAUAGUGAUAAUGCGCGAAAGAGUGCGGAAGAUGAAGGUAUGGAUAAUUCACGGGCGUGAAUAUCGCAGGAGGACCGAAGAAAUUCGUUGAUGAAAUAAAAGCCGGGAAACGUAUAUUCCUUACACGUCAUCCCGUUGACCCUUUCCUCACGCAAUCUCUGCAUAAUGAACGUGAUAUUCCCGAUUCACAAAGAGUAACGCAAAUAAUCGGUCUUCCACACAUGAGAAUUGUAUCCCCGCAUGGCGCAGCAGGUGGAGGGGCAAUUCUAUCCGUGUGCGAGAGCGUGUUACACGAACGGGGUAGCGACGUUAGCGGUGCCGGCGGCGGCGAUAACCGGCAGUCGACGCCUGUGCACGCCGGAUGCCGGAAUGGCAAAGCUGUAACGCCUGCCCUUACCCGCGAUAUGUCAUUCGCGAUGAAAUAGCGGCGUAAUGACGUUCGCUCUCGCGUUACGUGCCGUCGCUACAGCGUGGCUUACAACGAAACGUAAUUCCGCGUGGCUGCGAGCGGGCGAUCGAUAUAGGCGGCGCAGGUAUCAUAAUAAGAUAUUAUCGAUUGCGAUCACACAAUAUGUCGCCUCUCGUUCUGUGUCAAAUUCCUACAAUAGCAAAGACGCUCUUCGUGAAAUUCGGGUCCAUCGAUUCCUUCGUCGAAUUCUCCUGGCUAACAAGGGAGAAAUUGUGAUGUCCACGACAAAGCGAAGGCAAGAUCGCCAGAAACGAAUUACCGAGUUGGCCGGAUUGAAUUCGCUCGAAGAAGCCGAAGCUUGAUCUCGGACUGGCACAGCACGAAUACAGAUCUCCCGGAUAUCUACUCCGCCACUCUCAAAGUUAGCCAUCGUGGAUAAGCCUUCGACGAAGAGAACGAGGAGUAAACAGGAAAAUCACGCCGGUGCGAAAAAUCAGUUCUUGGUGUUGGUUUCAAUGAAAUCAUCAAGACAUUUUGUCGAAAGCGAUACUUUCGGAAAAAGACCACGUUCGCCGACUUAAUCGUAAAUUAGGUCGAAAGGUUUCGGCCAAAUCCACCAGGUGUUAGCUUUGGUCAUAAAUCAAGAUUGUUCACGCCCGACCCGCGGGUGAGUAGAUCGUCAAUGUUCCUUUCUCGCUUUGACAUUUUUUUUGCAAUGAUCAUUUCAAUUUGAUUACUCGCAUUGAAGUAACAUUGCUAAGUGAUUGCAUGCUUCAAGCCAUUAUAUACGUUGAAGAAAAAGCAUUUUAUGAUCAAGUAUAUUCAU